AUGGUGUUCUCGGAGACGGAGAUGGCGGCGGCGGAACAGCUUAUGCAGCUUAGCGAGGAAGAAACGGUGAGCUGUAGCAGCAGCACCGGUGUAGAUGGCGGUGGCGAAAGAGGAGGAGGCAAGAGAAGGCAUGAAGAUGUUAGCUCGAGAAUCGGAAGCGAGCAAAACGACGGCGUAAAAGGGAAUUGUAAUCUUGGCGUGGAGAUGAAGACGAAGAUGAAGAAGAUGAAGGAAAAGAAGUUUCGAUCUCUCGAGAGUAUCUACCUAGCAACGAAGAAGAUUAGGGCUUAA